CAGGUUUUAUUCCGCAUUGGCACACUGCAUCAGUUGCCUUCACUUAAAGCAAGAUAUUCUGUCAUUCGUUGAGAUAUUCUCCUCUCCAUUGCUCCAAUGGCUGGCACAAAUAGAGAUGCAAGAUGAGAGCAUCAAUCAUAAAUUUCAACUCAUAUGGACGGAGACCAUGAAUUGUUUGAGGAGAAGUGAGCCGCCAUUAAUCUUUGAUUCGGCUUUUCUCAAACUCCAAUCGCCUCUUCUUGAGAAAACUCUGGCUCAUCCCAAUCCAACCAUUUCAGAGCCAACCAUAUCCUUUUGGAAUUCAACAUAUGGUGAUCAGAUUAGGUUGGAUUAUCCUCAAAACUUGCUUCAUGUCUUAGACAAGCUAACAAGAAAUGGAAGAAUAAACCUUCACAAGAGAAGCCCGCCAUUUCUUAAAAGAUGUGAUUCUGGAUUAGGAGCCAACACUCCCCCAGAAAAAUUCACGGAAAAUGCAACAGAUAACAAGUCUUCAAAAAGGAUAGAGUUAUUGAAGGAUACCAUGAAUCAUACUAAGCACAAGGACAAGGCAUGUUUAAACUUGAAAAGGAAGAGGUUAGAAUUAACCGAGCAUCAGAAGGAAGUAAGAAGGGCUCAGCAAGGAAGGGAAAGGGAUUGCGGAGGACACGGCCUAGGUGGAAUCCGAACUUACACUAAUGCUGAUUUUUCGCAAGGGAAUGCUGCUGAUUCACAAGACAGCCAAGAGAUCUGGAAUUUGGAAUCUAUACUGAACAUGUCAAAAAAAGCCAGUUAA